AUGUUGAGAACAAGACUUGGACCCACACAUUGCUUCUUUCAUAGACAGCUCUCCACUCUUUUAACUAAAGACCCCAAGCAGAUAAAACCACAUGACUUGACACACCCGUCAAUUAACCAUGAAGAUGAAAAAGGCAGGAUCAAAUUAGUCAAUGCUAUAGCAAAUUCUUCAAAUCCUGAUAAAUCGGAAUUGUAUACUCAUUUGAUACCGACAUUUGGUACAUACUUUAAACUAGCUCAAGCUGGUAUUGCUGAUGAAAAUCUUUUGAGGCAUUUCAUCAACAUCAAUCCUGGGAGAGUGCUCAGCACGUUUGAACUACUUGACAAACACCAGAUUCCAAAAACAAGCCAUGGUUUCAAGAGCGAUGUUUUGAAGAAAAUAGUGCUGGAAUACAACAAAAAUGAGGACAAUACGAUAGAUCGAAUCCUAGAGUACUUGAAUAAACACUUUGAGAACAUAGAGGAAGAACGUUUCAAAGAAUUGUUUGCCACUUUACUCCAUCGCCGAGAUGUGUCCCAGUUGGAUUCAUUCAUUUCGAAUGUCAGUAUAGACAACAAUGUUUUGUUAAAGGAGGUAUUUGAAAAUUACGGUGACCCAUUGGCCAAGUUUGUUUUGAUGAGAAGUUUUGAACGUUGGGUUAAAGACCCGGAUUCAAUUAAGCCUUGGAUAUAUGCAAUUAUUCUUGAUAUUUUGAAUUUUCGAUCGGGACAAGUUAUUCCCAUUUACGAAAAAGCUGGCCUCAAGAUGGACAUUGACAACUUGAAUGAAAAGGUCAUUAGGUACGUUACUGAGUCAAAAAUGGAUGUAAAAGCGGAAAACUUGGUAUUGAGAAAAGUAUUGGUGGAAGUGCUCGGUAUAUCCCAAAACAAUCUUGGCGAAGCAUUGAAGGUCUUUCAGAAGUAUGAGACAUUUGCUAAAUAUGGGAUUUCCAAUGUACAAAUUGCCAUGGUAAAAGCAAUUUCAUACCAAGCUAUCAAACAAGAUAAAGAAAUUUUCAAAACUAUGGCAGAAACCAUGAUUCCACCUGAUUUGACAAUCCAGCUAUUGCAAAUUCUCAUCAUCCUCAAGUCCUAUUUCAAUCCUAACGACGGUUUAGCUUUAUAUAACGAUUAUGUCAAUGGUGUUUCAGGGGUGGUUAAAGACGGCUCAUCUCAGAAAGGAUUACUUACACAAUCCAUAAUACUAGGAUUCCUCAUGAAAAAUGAUCGUGAGUUUGCCUUCCUUUUAUUUAACAAGGCUGUUGAAAAUGGUAUUAUUGUGGAUGAGACAGAAAUUGCAACAACUAAGAAGUUAUUCAAAAUUUACGGUGAUUGUUUUGUAGAAGAUGAGAAUUGGGAUACGGCUGCCAGAGAAAAGAUGGUGGAGCAAGUUUUGAGUUACGUUGAGAGUAUUGGAGCAUUACAGGUAAAAUUAUUGGCAUCAAUUGAAGGAGGAGUAUGA